AUGCCAGCAUAUGUUACUGUAAUACCAAUUUGCAUUAUUUUCAUCGGUUUGGUGAUACUUGUCAACCGGUAUUGCAAAGAGAGCAAUAAUAAGAAGAGAGGAAACAUGAUUCCCACCAUUGAUCCCAGAAAAAGAGCUUCCAAUUCCUCUUUUCAAACUUAUCAAGAUGGCGGAAAUGGUGCAACUGCGACCACUGGUGGUGGUGGUAAUGGCGCGGGAGAUGGUGGAACCGUCAUUAUGGCUGGUGCUGCUGCGCUUGCCGCGGUGGCUGCUUUGGAUGGCAUAAGUGCAGAUGGCGGCGGCGGCGGCGGAGGAGGAAAUGAUGGUGGUGGAGGAAGCCGGCGAAGAAGUAAGCCAACUGAAAAACCAACCAAACCUGAUAUUUCCCUUCCACGGCCGGCCUAUGCUGUUGAUCAAAGGGCUGCUCGCAGCGGCAAGAGGGAUGGAAAUAUGGCCAUCUUGGCCGGUGCCGGUGCUGGUGCUGCCGUAGCUGCUGCUACGAUUGCUACAGCUGCCGCAGUAAGCAACGUUGAAGAAGAACAACGUGCCCGUGAUAAUAAAACGAGUGGCGGUGGCGCCUGUGGCGGUGUAGCAACUGAUGGUGGUGGUGCUAGCCAAGGUUGCUGCUGUGGUGCUGGCGGCGGCAGUGGCUGUGGUGGUGGAGGCGGCUGUGGCGGUGGCGGCGGCGGAUGCGGCGGCGGAGGAUGUGGCGGGGGCGGAUGUGGCUAA